AUAUUUCGUUGUAAUGUCUGCUCUGCUAAAGAUCUCAUUUACAAAGAAUUACUUAACAUCAUUAUUAAACAGACGCGUCAGAACGAAAUAACAAACACAUUAUCAGAUUGAGAUGGGAAAUUUUAACGCAAAAAACCCAGCGUAUUGUGGUAGGCAAACUGGUUUUAAAUAGAUGCGACUGAAUAUCACGGAUAUGAGCACGACCAUCUAGUAAUAAUUGACCAUAAACAUAAUCUUAGUAGACAGAAUAACAACUUCGAUAAUAAAAUUUGUUUAAGUUAGUCACAUUAGCGAGUAGAUUAAAAGCUUUAUCGAAUACAUUAUUUUAAACAUUUCUUAGAGAGCAUAAAGCAUAAAUCUGGUUUUAAAUAAGAACUGGUAUACAUUGCAAUAUUAAAUUCCAAUACAAGUGAAGGUGGGCGGAUUAGAAGAUGAUCAAAUUGUUUGGCAAUAAGUUUUGCAACGAUUGUUGCGAGUCCGCUCGUGAGCUUACCGAGAUUAUUGUACAGUGCAGGUUUUUUUGGUCAGCUGACUUAGUUACGUCAAUAAUAUUUAGGUAUCUGGUUUGACACAAGACAUGUAUUUUUGCAAUGCAGACGUUGUAACGACGUAGAGAUCGUAAAUUUCAACGACUGUGAUUGUAAUAGCUGAUAAUAAUAUACUAAGGUUCGUUUUAUCCGUUCAUUUUUAUAAGCCUUCCUGAUAAGGGCGAAUAGGUAUAAAUUAUACUUUAUCUAUUUAAAAUCAAUAGACAAUUGACCUGUACACGAGAGGAAUCGAUCAAUCACAGCAAUUAACUUUCCAUCAAAGUGCGAUGCUAUCGGUAAAUAGAAUAUUUAAUAACUGCUAUUUACUUUACUACUUAAAAUUGACUUUCAAAUAUAGAUCUGAUUUAUGGAAAGGAUCUACGUUUUAAAUGCCAUUAGUUUCCAAAGCUUGGGCUAAGAACCAGGAAAUAACGACUUCAUAUAAAUCUUUGAAACAAGUUGACUAACGUUUUCAAAUUAACGUCAAAAAUAUUGGAUUUUGUCUUGUAUGAUGAAUGAAGCUUCUCAAAAUUCCUAUGAAUAUGAAUACCGUCGUCGUUUGCGCAGGAAAGCACCACCACCGAACAAACUUGAUAUUGUGAAGGCCAGUGUCAAAACAGUCAGCAAAGAGUAUUGUGAGGAAUCAUCUAUCUGUGGAUUGAAGCAUCUGGUCGAUGAAGGCACGUCGUUCAUAGAAAGGCUGCUCUGGGUAGUCAUACUAAUCGUUGGGCUAAUCUGCUCCGUAUCGUUAGUAUGGAUCACCUUCGACAAAUACUACAGCGCACCGCUGGUCACGACGCAGACUCCCGAAGGUGUUCCUGUCAGCCAGAUAAUUUUCCCAGCCGUGGGCAUCUGCACCAAUAACAGAAUCAGCAAACGAGCUGUCACGGAACUUGCCAAGACAUUGCUUAAGCAAGAGCGCAACAAGUUUUACAACGAAAGUGACAUGAUGUCAUUCCUCGUCGGUCUGGGUCAGUUGUAUGUCCUAGGCUCAACGAAAUACUCUGUAUCUCCGGUCAAACUACAUUAUAUAUUGGGGCAAUAUGACGUCCAUGAACUCAUGAGGAAGUUAACACCUCGGUGUGAAGACCUACUGGUGCGGUGUGCUUGGAAUACGGAGCCGAGGGAUUGCCUUGAUCUGUUUGACUUUAGGCUGACUAUGAACGGAUAUUGCUGCACUUUCAAUUACCUGCGGAUUCACGACUCUAUAUUUGAAUCUAUUACCACCUCAACGACAAGAAACAUUGACAUGUACAGAUACGGGAACAAAUCCUCAUUUGAUUUUGACCAAGGACUAAAAGUUCUACUGCGGCUCAAUGAGAGCGACGACUUCUUUUACAAUGUGCCUUUACAAGGUGCUCAGUUACAAUUCUCCGACGCCUACGACUUUCCUGAUUCGCCAAGUGGAAGCUUCGCUAUGCAGAUUAUUAGUCCAAGCGUACAAAUGACGGUGAUGGUCACAGCAAGUUUCACUGAAGCUUCCAGAGACAUUCAACACGUACCGAUUAAGUUGAGGAAGUGUAGGUUCUAUGACGAGUCCACUUAUCUCCCUUUUUAUACGUACAGCGAUUGUAUGUUAAAGUGUCGAAUGCAAUUUCUACUGGAAAACUGUAAUUGUACGCCGUUCAAUAUGCCCAAAAUGAGAGGUGCUCGGACGUGUAACAUGAAGGACGUACCUUGCCUUAGAACUUAUUAUCCUCAAUCGAUAGCUGUCCGUCCGAACGAAGAUCACGUGCCAGUUGAGCUGGAGCUGGAUGCUGUUAAUGGCGGCAUCGACUGUCCGAUGUGCAACCCCACUUGCUCCAAGACCGCCUACAGUUACGACUUCAACAAUGUCCUCAUUUAUCCAGAGUAUCUGAACUCAGUGGCAGACAAUGAUAGGGAUGAUUGGUUACGAGGUGCAAAUUAUACCGGAACCUCCAUAGUCCAUGUAAAGUACGCGAGAAACGUGGCCGACUGUUACGGGCAGAAUGUUAUUAUGAAGUGGUUCGAUUUGAUCAGUAACAUCGGUUCCACAUGCGGCUUCAUCACUGGAUUUAGUUUCGUGUCCGUUUUGGAAUUCAUUUACUUCUUUACCGUCAAACUGUUACGAGAGAUGCGAAUGAGAGGUCUAAAGAAGAAUAAAACAGUUAGGAUCAACAUCGAGCCGCAAAGACCAGCAUAUUUCGAACCUAUUAGUCGAUACCGGCCUAUAUACUGGAAUGAACUGACAGGCAGUACUAGAAUAGGACAACAGAGUUACGAGUUUUAAGACUAUAAAACAAAUAAUUGCAACCGUUAUAACAAAGAUAUAGAUAAAGAUAAUCUAUUUUGCAAAUAAACUAAUGAAAAUGAGAUAAAAUAAAAGCUAUUUUACGUAAAAUGAAAAAAUAAUCAACAAAAUAGAUUCAUAGUGUCCAAAGCACAAAAAUAAUACCAACAAAUUGAGAACCUCAGAAAAUGCUAGGACAAAAAAUCUCGGCACUUACCUACUUAGAUUUAAUUUUUCUGUGGAUUAGAUUUAUAGUAAUUUGGUAUUGUAUUGUGAACAAGUGAGGUAGAGCUUUUGUCCUUUAGAUUAUUACACAAAUAAUUGUUAUCAAAAUAAUGGUCAUUCAGCCACCUGCGCUGUUCUCGUACUGAUUAAAAUCUGUUAUAGACUUCACGCACCCGUCAUUUAACAUGUCCAUUAUUUAUUUGUUCGUUUGAUAUUUGUUACGCACGAUAUCUCUUGUACAAAAAUAAAGGAUUCACGAAUUUUAUUGUGUUGUGUUUUUGGAAGCUUGAAAGUGACAGAGCACAGCAAUGGGUGUGAAUGCGUCCUGGAAAAGAUAUUUGUUGAUUUGGUGGAAUGGGAUCAAGAGUUUGCCUGAAACAACUAAUAUACAUGGUUUUAGAUUUAUUGCGGAUAGAAAAAGACAUUGGGUGGAAAGGUAAUAGUAAUAAGAGCAGUAAGUAAGUAAAUAGUAAAAGUAAUAGACUUUCACACAACGCUAUCCAGUCUCAAACUAAGCAAAGCUUGUGUAUUUCUGAAAACUGAUAAACGUAUUAUAUACUUAUAAAAUUCCUAAUACAUACAUGUUAUAAAUUAAUCACACUCAGACAAAAAAACAACGGUCGUGCUGUUCAUACAUUUUUCCUGGAUGAGCAUCGAACCCAUCUGCUGUGUAUAGCAGCCAGGGUCAUUUUUAAUCACUAGGCCAAAGGGCCCGGUUAAAAAUAAUUGGUUGAAUUUUUUGUACAAUGAGAUAGUUACAUUAUUUAUUUAAAACACAUAAAGAUGGCCAUAAGAUCCCAUUCACAUUCUUGAUUUGUACUUAUACAUAGUAUAAUUUCCAGGAUAUUUUGGUUAAUAGUAGUAAUAGUAUCGUGGUACGGCUCAUCUUUACUGAUUGCCGCC